GCUCGAAUUUGGCCUCCAGUAGCAUUGGUGACCUGGCAAGACUGCCGUGAACACCAAGAUGCUUCUUUAACCAACACUAGGGCACAAAAUACACGUCCGACAUUUCAAGCCGAUACCUACAUACAUACAGACGUUUUUAUCCGAGAAAUCCCAACAUGUUGGCUACUUCAGCUCGUUUCGCCUGGGCUUUGGCCGCCCCCAGAGCUUCUGUCUCGCCCCUGGGCGUGGUCAUGCGGUCCAAGCAUACCCUGCCGGAUCUGCCCUACGACUACAACGCCCUGGAACCCGUGAUUUCCGCCGAAAUCAUGCAACUCCAUCACUCCAAACAUCACGCCACUUACGUCAAUAACCUGAAUGUGGCCGAAGAAAAACUUCACGAUGCGGUCAACCAGAGUAAUCCCUCGGCCAUGAUCGGGUUACAGGGGGCCCUAAAAUUCAACGGGGGUGGACACAUCAAUCAUUCGAUCUUCUGGCAGAACCUGACGCCCGGAGGAUCGGGUGAGCCUGAAGGUGAGUUGGCUCAGGCCAUUCAGCGAGAUUUUGGCUCUUUUGCCGCUAUGAAAGAGAGGCUGUCCGCUUCGACCGUGGCCGUGCAAGGCUCAGGUUGGGGCUGGUUGGGCUAUAAUAAGGCGGCGGGUCGCUUGGAGAUUGCCACGUGCGCCAAUCAGGAUCCGUUGGAAGCCACCACCGGAUUGGUCCCGCUCUUUGGCAUCGAUGUGUGGGAGCAUGCCUACUAUCUCCAAUACAAGAACGUCCGUCCCGAUUACGUCAAGGCCAUUUAUGAUGUGGCCAACUGGAAGGACGUGGCCCAACGAUUGGCUAAGGCCAAACAAUGAAAAAAAAAAAUAGUGUCAUUGGCGUAUGACGACAAAUGAAAGAAAUAACCCAAUACAAUCUACUAAGAAUUUGUUACUCCUUCUUGAACGAUUAACAAAUAACUUUCCUUUGUUUAUAAUCUUUGGACCGUUAAUAAAUGUAAUCCGGCUGUCCAGUA